AUGAUAGAUAUGCUUGACAGUUUCCUUGCGGCAUGCAACUUGAUGUUGCACAAGCCGCAAGCACUGUGCUGCCUCCCAAUUUGGUCAUAUGCCCAGCUAAGAUCUUUGUACAGCAAUCAAAUUAUAUAUCUUGUUGGUGGAAGCCCGCUGGGAGUUCCAACACACCAAUGCUAUUCACUAACUCCAAAGCCUGCAGUAUCUGCAAAAGCGACGAUGGUGUGUGGCAGUUCUGUGUGCUCCAUAGAUGCUCGAUUGUCGGCCCUUGUUCUGCCCUCUCCCUGCAGGUACAGCAACCUUGUGUUGGUCGAUGGAGCAGGCAUCAUUUCAGCUUGUGCCCACCAGGUGGGGAAGAAGAUGUCAAGUGUGCGGCAGCUUCAAGUUGGGGGAGCAUAUGGGCCCCCACCGCAGCAGAGCGGCAUUGCACCAACACGUUCUGUCGCCAUGGAGGAUUGGAGAGAGAUCAUCAAGCGCACAGCUUCUGAACUGUUGGGACAAUCUUCAGAUUGUUCCCAAGCAGUGGGACCUGCCAUUAUUCGUGCCUUCCAGGGGGUGAGUCCCAGUUUGGCAGAGGACCUCCUUGCCAGGGCUGGCAUUGACAUGUCGCAUCCUGUCAAAGAAGUGUCGGACGCCAACUGGGAAGCGAUGUACAGGGAGUGGCAGACUUGGACGGAAGCGAUUGCCAAUCUUCAGUUUGUACCAACUUGGGAGAAAGAGACUGGCAGAUAUUCUCUCCUUGGCUCAUACUCCUCGAAGUACACAUUCGCAGAUGAGCUGCUUGAUGAGUUCUACCUGCAGUUCCUGUCCGGGGAGGAACAUGCCCAGUUGCAACAGCAGCUGAGCAGCGUUAUUGCACGUCAGCUGAAGAAGGCAAACGGCAAAGUCAAGACACUGAGGACGAUGGCAGAAGGCACUGCUGAAGCGGAUGGCACACAAAAGAAAGCUGAUAUCAUAAUGGCAAACCUGCACAGUGCAGGUGCCAAGAUGGGGCCUCCGAAUUGGAGGCUGAAGACUGGGACACUGGCGAGACAGUGGUCAUAA